UGGGAACCCUCGGUGCGCUGCGUGAGGAGCCUGAGGACCGGCUGGGUGCUGGACUCCAGGCUCCCCUGUGAUGGCCACGCAGUGGGGUCUGAGGAACUGGCACUAAGGGUGCCAUUGGCAGGUAUUUGCCUCUUCAUCCAGGCUCUGGGGUGAGAGCCUGGACUGGAUGCUGGAAGAACAUCCCGGGCCCAGUAGGCCUCAGCUGGAGCCAGACCAAGAGAGCAAAGUCAAUCUGUGGGACUUUGAACCAGUAAAAUGCAAGAAGUUUGCUAAUAAAAAUAUCACCAGAGGUUAGAAGAAAAAUCAACUAGAGGAAAUGCCGGUAGUAUGGGAUGUAAGAACUCAAAAAUCUCUACAGCAGAUAGUCUUGUUUUAGGGGCUAUCCAGAUUAUGAUUGGUAUCUUUCAUGUUUUUAUGUGGUAUUUCCUACUGGUUUUGUAUAUGGGACAACUUAAAGGAUUCUUUGGGACAUACGAGCCUUUAACUUACAAAACAGGGUGUGCUUUAUGGGGAGUCUUUUUUAUCAUAGGAGGAGCCUUCAUAAUAAAAUCAGUAAAGCAUCCAACUGAGACUUGGAUAAUUUGUUCUUUGUCCACGAACAUUCUCUGUGUAAUUAUUUCAAUUAUUGCAGCAACUCUGACCAUAAUUGAGUUGAUAAAUUUUCACUCUGUGUCAUACCGGAAUUUUGGACAAGCGGUAAAAACUGGGGAGAGAAGUUUCACGUAUUUUACUCAUCUCCUACCCAUUGGAGUUUGCUAUUGCACUUAUAUACUCCAUCUGCCUCUGUUCACAUUUGAGUAGAAAUGAAGCUACUACUCGAGAUGAGUCAGAGGAAAUGGAGAGAACGUUGUGAAAAGUUGACAAACAUUCUACUUGUGCUGAUGCCUGAUGUGGGUGCUAGUGAUAUUUCUGUUUAUCAAAAC